AACCACUGUGCGCGCUGCCGCGUUUCCGGGGGGGGACCCUCAGGACGGGACACCGUGUAUCUCCGGCUGACAGGGCUGCGGCGGGGCCCGGGCCGGCUAUGAAGUUUCGGGGCAAGAUCGUGGACGGGGCCUGUCUGAACCAUUUCACACGAGUCAGUAACAUGAUAGCAAAACUUGCCAAAACCUGCACCCUCCGCAUCAGCCCUGACAAGCUGAACUUCAUCCUUUCAGACAAGCUGACCAGCGGAGGGGUGAGCAUGUGGUGUGAGCUGGAACAGGAGAAUUUCUUCAGUGAGUUUCAAAUGGAGGGUGUCUCCGCAGAAAACAAUGAGAUUUAUGUAGAGCUAACAUCGGAAAACUUAUCUCGAGCCUUGAAAACUGCCCAGAAUGCCAGAGCCUUGAAAAUCAAGCUGACUAAUAAACACUUUCCCUGUCUGACAGUGUCUGUAGAUCUGUUAUCUGUGUCUAGCAGUAGCCGCAUUGUGACACAUGACAUCCCCAUAAAAGUUAUUCCUAGAAAAUUGUGGAAGGACUUACAAGAACCUGUGGUCCCACACCCUGAUGUUAGUAUUUAUUUACCAGUCUUGAAGACUAUGAAGAGUGUUGUAGAAAAAAUGAAAAACAUCAGCAAUCACCUUGUUAUUGAAGCAAACCUAAAUGGAGAAUUGAACUUGAAAAUAGAAACUGAAUUAGUGUGUGUCACAACUCAUUUUAAAGAUCUUGGAAAUCCUUCAUUAGCCUCUGAAAAUGCCUCACAAGACAGAAACCCAGAACAAAUGGCUGAAGUACAUUUAGAUAUUAAGAAGCUCCUACAAUUUCUUGUUGGACAGCAAGUAAACCCAACGAAGGCUUUAUGCAAUAUUGUGAGGAACAAGAUGGUGCAUUUUGAUCUGCUUCAUGAAGAUGUCUCCCUUCAGUAUUUCAUCCCAGCACUGUCCUAGCACCCUCUUGCCAGACUGGGCAGCGCAGAGACUGACUGGAUGGGGAGAGACCAUGGGUCAUAUGUUCUGUGUCAUUUGUCUGUGUCCUCCUAGUGCCACAAGUCCACACACUGUACUUAUUUCUUUCUCUAUAAUAUUUUAAGUAAAAAUAGGAUUAAUGAAGAACUAUUGGAUAGACAUAAUAUUUCAUAGUACUCAUGUCUGUUUUGUUUUUAAGACAUUGAAAAGAAAAGCUAGAAUGUAUUUAUUCAGACUUUUAAUAACGUUUCAUAGCGUUUCUUACUGAAGUUGUGAAACAUGCUCAUGUAGUUAACAGUGGUGCAGUAGCCAAGUUUGCAGAUGUCUGCUGACCUUGGUACUUUCCCAGGGCACAGUCUGUGGCUCGCACUGUGAGUAGUGGGCAGCUGAUGGCUCUUGCAUCUCAUCAUCCUUAACUCUCCUUGCUUCCAUCCCUCGGAUGGCCCCAUGGUCAUCUCACCUCUGGCCUUGGUUACUCAGAGCAUUGCAGGAUGUCACAGCUAUCGCAUUUAGAGCCUUAUUCUGACUUGCUGAAGAACCAAGUCCUUCUGGAUGCUGGGGUGCCGCCAAGCCAAGCUGCCCUUGUCUGGGAGUCUUCCAGCUGCUCCUCCCAGGUGCUCCCUGGGGCCACUUUGGAUCUUUGGUUACAAUUCUUUGGAUUUCUUCUGUAGUGCACUGGCCCUGUCAUUCUGGAGAGAAUACCUUUCUGUUUAGAGAAGAAGUAAACAGUUUCUAAGUUAGCAUCUGUGCCAAGUGAUGAGAGCAUAUUUCUGUUUAUAUAUCAAAGCCAGUUCUUACUGAUGGAUGUGCUUUGUCAUUAUCCAUGAAGUAUAUUCCAUCGUAUUUCCAAUUAUAAUUAAGUUUCCCUUGCCCUGCGGAGGGAGACGCCAUAAAUAUUAUUUAGCGCCAUAUUACAAAGUCAAGAACUAAGUUGUUUAGGAUAAGAUGAAGAAAUAGAAAACCAAAACAAAUGAAAAUUCGUUUUUUGGCUUUUUCAUACUAUUUGGUAAAACCAAUGCAUUUGAAUGACUUGAUGUUUAAUAAUGUUAGCUUAAAUAAGACGGAAUAUUUUGUUAAACCAGCACUUUAAACAUAGAACAUAUCAUUUUUAAUUUUUAAAGCCUCUGUUCCCUCUUUGGUUUGUAACAAAAUUAAUUCUAGCUACAGUAGUAAAACCUAAAAAUCGGGAUACAAAAUGAAACAAUACUUGAAAAUAGUUUUAUAAAACUUACAUUUCCAUUAAAGAAAAUGUGUUUAGCAAUUUAACCAUUUACUCUUUGUAAUGUUUAUUGUCAAAUGUGUAGUAUGCCUGAUUUUGAUGAUCCUUUCCGUGGCUCAGGACUUUCUGUACAUAGCUGGAGACACCCUAGUUGAGACCCGGGAAGCUGGGUUGUCCUGUCCUCGUCGCAGUGCUGCAUCUACCAGCUCGUGCCCCUCUGCAUCUGACAGCUACUAAGCGGUGAUGGAGGGAGCCGAUAGGAAACCACAAGCUCAUGGCAAUGGGCAGCACUGUUUGACUUGAUGAUCUACCAAGGUAAAAGUUUUAGGUCAAGAAAUAGCAAUAUAUUAAAAGGAAUGAAUAUGAUUUGAAAAAUUGACAUAUCUCAAAAUGUUCAGAUCUAUUUUUAUUAAUAAAUAGCUUUCUGGAUUUUA